AAUUAAAUUAAGCGAGUUUCAUUGACUGUUCUCGUCCAAAGAAACCUCCCUCCCCUCCCGCUCAUCACGGUUUAAUUGUAAUGGAACUGUUAUUUUUCUUUUUUUUCUUAUAUAUACACAUUGUGUAAUAAAGUUGCACUUCAUACAGCAGAUCUGGACUCCAUUCUUAUACAAGAAAAUAUGUUCAAGUUUUUCUUAUUCUUCUGUUUCAUCAUUUUGGCACAUGGGAAUCUUGGCCAUGGCUCAUCAGAGCGUAAGGUUGGGAUUUAUGAGCUCAAAAAAGGUGAUUUUUCUAUAAAGGUCACAAAUUUUGGUGCAAGAAUCGUCUCUGUUAAUCUUCCUGACAAGAAUGGGAAGUUAGCAGAUGUUGUUCUUGGUUAUGAUACGGUUAACGAGUACAUGAACAAUUCGGGUAACUUUGGAGCAAUUGUUGGACGAGUUGCUAACCGCAUUGCUGGUGCUCAGUUUACAUUAGACGGAACACUUUACAAGCUUGAUGCUAAUGGUGGGAAUGGGACUUACACGGUUCACGGUGGGAGAAAAGGAUUCAGCCAAGUUAUUUGGAAGGUGAAGAAACAUGAAAAAAGCGGUCCAUCUCCUUACAUUACCUUGUCCUAUUACAGUGCUGACGGAGAAGAAGGUUUUCCGGGUGCUGUUUUGUCCUACAUAACCUAUGCUCUUUCUGAACCGUACAAAUUAAGCGUAACAAUGAAGUCAAAAGCUUUAAACAAGGCCACUCCAGUGAACCUAGCCCAACACAGCUUCUGGAACCUUGGUGGUCACGACAGUGGGGAUAUUCUGUCGGACGAGCUCCAGAUAUCUGCAUCACGCAUCACGCCUGUGGAUAAAAACCUAAUCCCGACUGGUGAAAUUGUAUCUGUUAAGAGAACACCAUAUGAUUUCCUCUCGCCACACGUGAUCAAAACCCAGAUGAAAGAACUUCCCAACGGAUCCAAGGGUUAUGAUAUUAAUUAUGUUCUUAAUGGUUAUGAGAGCAAAAAGAUGAAGCCAGUAGCUGUGGUUUAUAACAAGAAGUCUGGACGAGAAAUGAAGCUAUCAUCAAAUGCUCCCGGCGUACAACUCUACACCGGGAACAACCUUAAAAACGUAAAGGGGAAAGGUGGAUACAUUUAUCAAGCUUAUGCAGGCUUAUGUUUAGAGACUCAAGGUUUCCCAGAUUCGGUCAAUCACCCAAAUUUCCCCUCACAGAUUGUGACUCCAGGGAAGCCUUAUGAACAUUACAUGUUGUAUACAUUUACAAUUAAUAAAGAUUAAGAGCGUUUUGCUUCUCUGCUUGAAACUUUGAAUUAGGCCAGAAAAAUUGUUCUUUUCUAUUGCAGAGGAACAAUGAACCUUUUUCUUCUGAUAUUAGCUUGUGGAUUGUUUUUUCCUUUUCUUACUACAUUCUCUUUCAUUUCUGAGGAGAUCGUGAGGGUGAGGAAUAAAAUCUUAUUCUGAAUUUGGGAAUUUA